GCGCCGCGCGGGCGCAGAGCCGUCACGUGGCCCGGCGGCGCGGGCAGCUGGCGGCCAUGAGCGGCCUGCUGCUACUGCGGGCCGCGCGCUCCGCGCUCCCCGCCGCCCUCCGCCGCCACCUGCGCACCGCCGCGCCGCGCCCCGCCUUCGCCAAGGAGCUCUUCCUGGGGAGGCUGCGGAAGGAAGAAGUUUUUCCUUAUCCAGAAAUUAACAACGAAGAACUAGAGGAGAUCAACCAGUUUGUGGGACCUGUAGAAAAAUUCUUCAAUGAAGAAGUGGACUCUAAGAAAAUUGAUCGAGAUGCAGAAAUCCCACCUGAAACUUUAAAAGGACUGAAGAACCUGGGUCUCUUUGGCAUGCAGAUUCCAGAGGAAUAUGGUGGUCUUGGUCUAUCAAAUACCAUGUAUGCACGUUUGGGAGAAAUCAUUUCUUCAGAUGGAUCCAUAGCAGUUACUCUGGCAGCUCAUCAAGCUAUUGGGCUUAAGGGAAUCCUCAUUGCUGGCACUGAUGAACAGAAAGCGAAGUACUUGCCUAAAUUGGCAUCUGGGGAGCACAUUGCAGCUUUCUGUCUCACAGAACCAGGAAGUGGAAGUGAUGCUGCAUCCAUCCAGACAAGAGCAACCCUCAGUGAAGAUGGGAAAUACUUCUUAUUAAAUGGCUGCAAGGUUUGGAUAUCUAAUGGUGGCCUCGCUAAUAUUUUCACAGUAUUUGCUAGAACAGAAAUUGUUGAUAAAGAUGGAACACUAAAAGACAAAAUCACUGCUUUCAUCGUAGAGCGAGAUUUUGGUGGAGUCACUCAUGGGAAACCUGAGGAUAAAUUAGGCAUUCGAGGAUCCAAUACAUGUGAAGUACAUUUUGAAAACACAAAAGUGCCUAUAGAGAAUGUUAUUGGAGAAGUAGGAGGGGGAUUUAAGAUUGCCAUGAAUAUCCUAAACAGUGGAAGAUUUAGCAUGGGCAGUGCAUCUGCUGGAAUGAUUAAAAAAUUGAUAGAAAUGACAGCAGACUAUGCUUGUACCAGGAAACAAUUCAAUAAGAAACUGAGUGAAUUUGGAUUAAUUCAGGAGAAGUUUAGUUUUAUGGCUGUGAAAGCGUACGUAAUGGAGAGUAUGGCUUACCUCACUGCAGGAAUGAUGGACAGGCCAGGGUUUCCAGAUUGCUCAGUGGAGGCAGCCAUGGUCAAGGUGUUCAGUUCUGAAGGUGCAUGGACUUGUGUAAGUGAAGCCCUGCAAAUUCUUGGAGGCCUUGGCUAUAUGAAAGAUUACCCCUAUGAACGCUAUCUCAGAGAUACCAGGAUACUUCUGAUUUUUGAGGGAACAAACGAAAUUCUGCGAUUGUAUAUUGCUUUGACGGGUAUGCAAUAUGCAGGCAAAAUCUUAACUGAUAAAAUUAAAGAGAUCAAGAAAGGAAAUGCAGGAGUGGCACUAGAGGAGUUUUUAAGCAAAUUCCGGGACAUGAUGGGCAGAAAAGUGGAUUAUGGGCUAGUUGGUGAACGUGGAGUAGUGCAUCCCAGUCUUGAGGCAAGUGGCAAGAAACUUGAGGAAAAUAUUCAUUAUUUUGGAGCUUCAGUGAAAGGCCUUCUAAGCAGGUUUGGCAAGACAAUAGUGGAUGAGCAGCUGGUUCUGAAGAGAGUGGCAGAUAUAGUUAUUAAUUUAUAUGCAAUGACAGCAGCUAUUUCCAGAGCUAGCCGGUCUAUCAGUAUUGGUCUAAGAAAUCACGACCAUGAAGUGCUUCUUACAAAUAUCUUCUGCACAGAAGCAUAUUUCAAGAAUAAUUAUGCCAUAGCUCAAUUAGAAAAAUAUGCGGACGAAAACCUGGAUGACAGCAUUAAAAAAGCUGCAAAGCAAGUGCUGGAAAAAGGAGCCUAUAUAUGUUCUCACCCACUGGACAGGACAUUCUGAUUAAUUCACUGACAGCAAAUGAACUGCAGAAAGUUACUUAUUGUUCAUUUACAAUCAUCAGGUUAAAUGUCUGGACACCUUAAAAAUAACUAUUUCAUGAGUUUAGCAAUUGUAAUUAGCUGUAACUGUAAAAUAAAAUUUCCAAACCCAACUUCAUAUAUGGAAGACAAAUGAAGAAAUUCGAUUUAAAUCUCCAGUUAUCUUACUAGGUGUGUGUGUCUGUUUCCCUUGGAGCUAAAUAAAAGUGGUUAAGGUGCACAUUGUGAGAUCUUUCCUUCCACAGGUAAGGAUGGAUUGUUUGUAAGUAUCUUUAAGCUUAAUCAACUAUUUUCUUACCUUUAGAUAAGCACCGAAAGACUUGCAGAAUCACAGCACAGUUUAGUUUGGAAGGGACCUCUGGAGGUCACCUGACCCAAGCCCCUGCUGAAAGCAGGGCCAGCUACGCUCAUCAUUGCCUUGCAUGGGCAAGUUUUUAGUAUCUCUAAGGAUGGGGGUUCCACCAGCUCUCUGGGCCCCUGUUUAAAAGCUUAUUCCUGUAUCCUAUCAAGAACUUCCCCAUGUUCUCAAGUCAUACCCUGGCCCAAUUAUUAUUAUUUUUUUUCCAACAAGUAAGUUUUUCAAUUAAAGACAAGCUCUCAUCUUUAUUUAAAAAAAAGUGUCAUGAGAAAAAGUAUUGAUCAUCAACAUUAUUCAGAUGUAAUGAUAUUUAUAUAUUUUUUUCCUAUUCUCUUGCUAAACAAUUUAGCCCAGUUUAGUUACCUCUUUGCCUAAAUUAGCUUAAUUUCAUCCAGUAGACAUGUUCAACAGUUAAGCAACUGUUCCCAUCCUUGCCUUUAAGAAGUAUUUGCUGGCCAGAUUUCAAUAGGAAGACACUUAUUUUAGGUACAAGUAUACGUUACCAAUUAUCUGUUGUUCAUUAAUGCUUCUUGUUUAUCAGAUUACCUGCAUCCAGAAUAACUGUUGGUGCCAUCAUAUCAUUCUGGAGAGGGUCUUGCUGUUGUGCAAGGAUGGUGGAGUGUCCUCGUGCUGAUCGUUCUCUCUUGUAAACAAAUGAAUGUUUAUAGCAAAGUAACCUGGAACGAAGAUGUAAGCUUACAUUAAGCUGCAUCUUUUUUCAGCCUACAAAUCAUCUUUUCUAAUAGCGCUGCAAUUUUUCAAUGAAAUAAAGAUGUUUACAGAUUCAGUGGUGUUUAAUAAAGUUUACUGUUAGCCAA